AUGGUGGACCUCAUGUUAGACCUGGACUUCAAGCACCGCUUCGCCAAGGUCUUCACCACUCUCUACCAUGAGCUGGUGCAGAACAGGGAAGGCAACCAGGACACCAACGAGCUGGGUGACUUUACCUGCCAAAUCUUCACGCGCCAGGACGUGACGUUGGAGCUGGUUCGGGAGAUGAACUUGCUGAAGACCCUGUUGAACUGCUUGUGGGACUUGCUCAGCCCCACGUUGUUGGAGGAUGCCCAGCCGCCGGUGUUCAACCACGAGUCCAAGACUUUUCGGGACCAUGAGAUCAUCCAGUGUUCCAUGGAUUUGCUCUAUGUCUUGGACCACGCAGAGGUAGCCAAAGAGAUCCUCCGCUCCGAGCGCGGCUUGCGCGAGGAGCUCUGGCAGGGCUGGUUGCGGAUCCUGGUGGCCAUGCAGGCCAUGAACCCUCACGUGCGGCGCACGGGAAGCCACGUGGAGUUCACCAACCCCUCCUGGGGCAACGCCUUGACCUUGCACACAGACCUCAUGUCGAACACAUGGCUCAUUCUGGAUGCCGUGGAGACCAAGGCGGAGCUGGAGCCCGUGAUGCGCAUGGCGCGAUUGGCCUGGCAAGAGCUACGGGGCUGGAUGCUGCAGGUGCAUCUGGCGGAAGGGAGGGUGGGCGCUGCUGCAAUGGAAAGUAUCGAUUAUGAGGUGGCCGCGGGGACCAGCUUUCAUGUGCCGGUGAACCGAGUUCUCGGCAUGCUGAUUCAUCAACUGUGUACCCGUGCUUCCGCCAGUGGCAAGGUCACCUCUGUGGAGCAGGUGGCGGGAGUCAUUUCUAUGCUGAAGACUGGGUCUUAUUGCGAGGAAUCAUCCGUGACUGGCGAAGUUUUGGCAGGCAACGCAGCAGUGGCUUGCGGAGACAGCUUCUUUGCGAAGACCUGCAGUGAGUUCGGGGUCUUGGAAAACAUGCAGCGGUAUUCGCAGUAUAUGCUCGACGACGGUUCUCAGCAGGAACAGCCUCAUGGGAGACCGCACUUGCCGACUCUUGCCCCACUAGUGACCUAUGAUGCGUUGAAGAGAAGGAUGGGAGCCCCUACAUUUACUGGCUCGCUUGCUUGCCUGCUCGAGCGCGAGGCGGCGGCGGAGCUCCAGCGUCUAGCCUCUCUGUCUCAGGCCAUGCUUCAUGGGGUGCCUUUGCGAUCUUCCACCCUCCGUGAGUCUUCAACAGCCAAAGCCAUUCGAAGUGGAUGA